CAAUAUAUACAUCUGGAGCUCCGCCGCGUGUCUAUAUAUGAUAUAAAUAUGCAGCGGUGGCCUCGCUAAGUAACUGCACGAAGAUACUCGAUUUCUAAAUAUCUAGAGAGAAGAAAGAGAGAGAGAGAUAUGGCGGUGGAGAGUUCUGAUGAUAUUUACGCUCUCCCAGAGGACUGCAUAGCCACCGCGCUGUCGCUCACCAGCCCUAAGGACGCUUGCCGGCUUUCGGCCGUCGCCUCUACAUUCCGAUCCGCCUCCCAAUCCGACGCCGUUUGGGGCCGCUUUUUGCCCUCCGAUUAUCGAGACAUUAUUUCCCGCGCUGUCGACGGCGGCGAUUCACUGCUUGCUAAAUUUCAUUCCAAAAAGGACCUCUAUCUCCACCUCUGCGAUCAUCCGAUUGUCAUUGAAGAUGGCCGCAAGAGUUUUCAAUUGGAGAAGCUGAGUGGUAAGAAAUGUUACAUGCUAUCUGCAAGGGACCUCUAUAUUGUGUGGGGAGAUACUCCUCAAUAUUGGCGAUUUAUCAGUAUCCCUGAAUCCAGGUUCCUGGAGGUGGCAGAGCUCCUCGACGUUUGCUGGUUCGAAAUAAGGGGCAAAAUAAAGAUGAGCAUGCUAUCUUCCGGCACUAAUUAUGCAGCAUACCUGGUGUACACUUGCAAGACAAGGUUAUAUGGAUUUGAUCAUCAAUCCGCGGAUGGUUAUGUGGGAGUGAGUGGGCGCGAAAGUGAGAAACGUAGCGUUUGUUUAGAUCCGGAAGGAGUGCAGAGUCAAAGGUAUCAGAUCGUACCUAGGCGCGUAGGGUGGUUCUACCACCGCUUGACUCAAAUGCGGAACCCGGAAGCCAUGCUACCGGAGGAGGAAACGGAGCAGCCGAAGCAGAGAGACGACGGGUGGAUGGAGGUAGAGUUGGGGGAGUGUUUUGUAGAGGAGGGACAAGAUGGAGAGAUGGAGGUGAGCGUGAUGGAGGUGAAGGGCGGAAACUGGAAGAGUGGCAUCGUUGUUCAAGGGAUCGAGAUUAGACCUAAAGAGAGAAAGUAGAUUGAAUACUUGUGUCUAUGAAUUUCUUCUGAUCUUGAUCAAUGAUCAUGCUAAAUAUCUGUAAUUUUUUAUUUUUUUUGGUCAUGUUUUCGUUGUAUUGUCCUGCUCUCUUGACUGAGAGGUUGAGAGAAAGUUCCUAUUUUAUAGCCUAUGAAGAAAUAUGUUGUUUUCCUUGUGA